UAGUGAUGCGAUAUUUCAUUUUGUAGGGUAGAUAUUGUUUAACCUUUGAUUCUACAAACCGGCUCUCGGUUACAACAGAAAAAAUGUUAAUUACCACGUGCAAUCUUAAUUGUGUAGCUAAUAAAAAGAUAAAGGCAUUGUUCUCAUGCAGCUCCAAUGAUGUGCAUAUUUCGUAUCCGAACAUUCGCACAAUCGCGAUCUGUUGCAGCCGCGGUAAGACUGAUUCAUUCAGUGAAGGUCCAUUCGAAAACAAUGCCCCAAUUAAUGACGGAAAACAGUAAUUUGUUAUUCACGUCGGAGUGACGGCCAUAUGGGACGCGUCCGCAGGGAGAUAUCUGAACAUCGCUGCAUCGUGCGACCUUCAGGUUUCACUGCAAGAGGCCGGAGCUCGGCAUUCCGUCACGUCGCGGGUGAGCCGCUGAUGUGGUGACGUGGAGAGAAACGCGGCCAAAUUCGCGACGAUUCGUUUGACACAAUGCCGGUUCAUCGGCACUCGUGUACCCACCCGUCCCCGGCCGCGGCCCGUCUUCGCAGGUGCGUGCGCGCAGGUACGCCCCCCCCGCACUCGCCGCCGCCAUCUUGAAUUCCGCUCACUCAGACCCGCGCCCGCCUCGCGGCCAGCACGACGCCUCCGCGCCCGAGCGAUCCGCGACAUAUUUGUGUUUUCAAGUGAUUCAGUGUCAUGUUGUGAUAGUGCAGUGACGAAAUGGAGUCGACGCCGAUAUGUCGGUGCCGCGUGCUCUACCUCGGCUCCGCAGUGCCGCAGCAGAGCAAGGACGGACUGCAAGGCAUCCAGGAACCGCUGCGCGAGUUGUAUCCGGAAAAGGGAGCGACGAACAGUGGCAUCGACUCGUGGCUCUCGGUGUGGUCCAACGGCAUCCUGCUCGAGAACAUCGACGAGAGCGGGUCCCGGGUGGCGCGCUUCUUCCCCAUCUCCAGCCUGCACUACUGCGCGGCAGUGCGGCGUGUCACCGUGGAGGGCGCGCCGCGCUUCCUGCCGCUGGACUCGCCCUUCGCGCGCGCGCCCGCCCCGCGCCGCCCGCCGCUGUUCGCCGCAGUGCUGCGUCGCACGCAGGGCAUCAAGGUGCUGGAGUGUCACGCCUUCAUCUGCCGCCGCGAGGCCGCAGCUAAUGCGCUCGUGCGCUGCUGCUUCCACGCGUACGCCGACAGCUCGUACGCCAAGCGGCUGGAGGCGGAGCGCGCGCCGCCGCAGCUGCCGCCCGACCAGGACGAGGAACUCGAGGUGUACGAUGGUGAUGAGAACCACAAGGUGUGGGUCGGUGAGACCGAGCGCGACGACGCAAGCGACGACAUCCCGCACCCUGCGCGAGCGCCGCGCCCGCGACAGAUCACCAGGCCCGCGUCCGUGCCGCCGCCGCCGCCACCACCCGAGGAACCUAAGAAAAAGGCCACCACCAAAAAGAUGAAAAAGAAAUCGUCGGCAUCAGCUGACGAGUUAUACGCGGGCCCUGCGCCGGUGAUGAACGGUCGGUCGCUGGGCCGCGCGCCGCCCGCGUGGGCCGCGGCGCACCCCAUGCUGGUGAUGGCGCACCCCGCGGCCACGCUGCCACACGCCCGCCACGCCACGCUGGGCCACCGCGGCCGCCCGCCCGCGCUGGCCGGCUUCCCGCCCGGCGCGGGCCCUCCCGGGGCCGCCCGCGCCCGCCUGCAGUACGCCACGGUGGACCCGCGCCGCUCCAAGCCGCCGCCGCCGCCCGCACUCAAGGCCGCGCAGAGCAUGACGGGGCUGGAGGCGGCGGACGACGCCGGCGGCAUCUACAGGAAGAAGGGCCACCUCAACGAGCGCGCCUUCUCCUACAGCAUCCGUCAGGAGCACCGCAGCAGGUCGCACGGCUCGCUCGCUAACCUGAAGUUUGCCGCUCCACCCGAGGUGGAGUCAGGUCGCGAGGAGUUGAAGAAGGAGCGCGAGAUCAUGCAACUGGUGGCGGGGCUGCAGCUCGGGGAGGACGAGCGCCGGGAGCUGCCUCACGUCAUGCGGCAGAGACACGCUCCUAGAUAACACAACGCCAUCGGUUAGGCGCCAUCUGCCGGCUGAACUGAAGCGGCGCAUCAUCGGAGCCCACAGCAUACCUCGAUACGAAGUAAACGAAGACAACCAAAUAUGACGUCACUGGACACAUCGCACUUUGCAUUUGCAAUUCGUCUGCACAAGCAAAACGAAUUCGGAAAGUGUGAUUCGUCCCUUUUGUACACGUAGAAGUCGCUUUCUGAUUCAAUCCUGCAUUCGUAUUCAUGUAAAUUGCUAUAAGUGUACUAUACACUCGUUAGUCGUACAUUGCUAGGUUGCUCACAAUUAUGAGUAACGAUUGCAAUACAAAUGCAGCAAUGAAUAUCAUACGGUGACGAAACCAUCGUGUGCGAGCCGUUAAACAACCCAAAAAUUUAAACUGCGAACGCAACACAUAAAAGCGAUCGUGGAAUCGAAUCGAGGUUCGAUUUAAAUCGAUUUGUCACGAACGUUCUCAGCUUGUAUCCGAUAAUCGAUAAAUUACUUUAGAAAUCCGUACCUACGCAGCUACGUCAAACAGGGUACCUGGUACCUGAGAAACUGUAAUUUAAUUAUUUCUAGUAAUUAAAUAUCGAUUGAAAUCGGAGUUUAUGAAAAUCGAUUAGAGCAAAUGAUUGCAUGAGUUCUUUAUGUUACGAACUACGAGAUUGGGAUUUAAUUGUAUCUAAUAAGAAUAUUAAGGUUAUGUUGUUUAUAUAAUUUGUAUAUUUCAAUUUUAAUAUGUUUAGUGGGCAAAAAUACGUUUUAUAAUAAUUUUAUUUAACAUACAUUCCAAAAUAAAAAAAAUAACUGCUGAUUUUGUUAUAUUUCUUCACUGGUUAGGUCUGUUUAGAUUUCACUUUUAAUUGAGAAAGGUAGCAAUUUCUGGGCUAGAUAUAAAAGUUAAAAAUUGAUAUAAACUUCUUGUGGCAAAGAUUUUUUUCAAAUACAAUUUUCUAUACAUUUUCAAUUUAGAGGGAGUCAUCGAAUACAUCUUUCUCUUUUUAAUGAAAAUAUUUCAAUCAAAUUUGAAUGUUACAGAAAUCACGGAUUUCGUGACUGUUAUACAUAAUGUACACGCAGACAACUCGAUAAGAAUCGUGCUUCACCAAUAUAAUCAAUUUCAUGUAAAUUGUAACCACCUGAGAUAUAUAUAACCUAUUUUCUGUAAUUUUAUUUCUAUGUUUAUUUAAACAUUACCAAUAUUUGUGUAAUUUAUGUAUCUAAGAAGUAAACUUUCAAAUUCCAGUUGGAAUUAUUGAAUUUCCUAAAGUUUUUCAGUACUCAAGUAAAUUUUAAUUUAUUUUUAUAUUAUUUGAUCGAUUUGUUUUAUUUGAUUACUUUGCUUUUAUUUAUUUGUCUAGUUGUUUCAUUUUCAAACUCGUGCUGAAAUUCUUUAGACUUUGUAUUGCGGAUUUGAUCCUUGUGCCACAUAUGACACUUAGACUCAGACCAUAUAUUAGUAUAUCACACGAAUACCACGGAGAUGGAACCUGCGACACGUCGCGAGUAUAGCUUUGGCGUGGUGACCAAUAGCACUCGACUAUCCGUGUAGUCCAUUCAGUCAGUUUAUAGCAGAAAUAGGUUAUUAUAAAAAGUAUUAUUGCCCGUUAGUAUUAGCACUAUGUAGUCAUUUAUAUACCUAUUUAAUUGUGCCUUAAUAUCGAGAAAAUGAUUAAGUUAGAGUAUCAUUGAGACGAGUCAGUAUCCUGUAUUAUCAUAAUAUGUACGAAGAUAAAAAAAAAUAUAUAAUUCAAAUAAUAUUUAUAAUUUGGAAAUGGUUAUUUUUUAAUUGGGUUUUUGUUUACAUUGUUACUGCAGUUUAUGGUGUAUGUUUCAGACAUAGUUUUAAUGAGGGGUCUACCUAUUAAAACUUUUUUCAAACAUGUGGAAAAGAGACCACCGUUUAUUGCUGUCUCGUUCAUUUCAGAAGAUCAUUGUAGACCCAAGAAUGAUUGUACUGUCAAAGAGAAAAUGUAUGUUAUAAAGAUAUCUGUAUUCCUUAUUGUGCAAGAAAAAUAAAAGUUUUUUUUUAAUGUUAUGUCUGACUUGCUAAUGUUUUAAUUAUAGACGACAUUAAUAAAUAUAUAUGUAUCAACUUUUUAUAGACAUGGCUUCUGUAAAGAAGAUCUUUAAGUAGCUGAAUAUUUGUAUAAGCUUUCUACAUUUUAAAAUGUAAGUGCGUCAAAGCGAGACAGAGCUACAUGCAUUAUUGCACCAUCUUGCUUCAACAAGGCAUCAAGCCUUCUUUAAUAGCAUAGUAGUAUCAAUGGUGGAGUUGAUAAAGAUUACAGAAGCCAUGUUUAAAAAAAACACUAAAUGUACCUUAUUAUACAGUUUGAAUGUUUGAUAAAACGUGUGUACAAAACAAAAAUAUUAGUCAUAUAGAUGGAAAUAAUAUAGUUGGUAUGUAUAAAGUAGGAAGAGGAAACACUGGUUGUCGAAGGCAUUGAAA